AUUUUAUUUAUAUUUAAUAAUAAAAAAAUAAAGUAUAAUAAAUUUAUGUGGCAGCAGAGAUUGAGAACUGAAGAAUGGAUAUGGACAUGUGGAUGGCGUUUCUUAUCCCAAAAUCCAUCUCUCUGCUAGAUUACGCCCCCUCUGUAACACUACACACCACCCCCCCCCCCCCCCCCUUUCCUCCCUCUCACCUGCGAGCCUCCAUUGUCGCCGAUGAAGGCUCUCUCCGUUAAUCCAUCUCUUUCCCGCCUCAAAUUCUCCACCAAAACUCCCAAUCUCCUUCCAAAAACUUCUUUCUCCUUUCCCAAAACCCUCAAUUUCAGAGUCUCAGCCAUCCAAACACCACCGCAGACACAUUCUCCGGACCCAAACGAGACGUAUCAGUCCUACGACCAAGAUGAGUCGUACGGAGAAGUCAACAGGAUCAUCGGCAGCAGAGCCGCUGCCGACGGCGGAAUGGAGUACCUGAUAGAGUGGAAGGACGAUCACGCCCCCACCUGGGUCCCCUCUGCCUACGUCGCGAAGGACGUCGUCGCGGAGUACGAAACCCCCUGGUGGACCGCCGCCAAGAAGGCCGACGCCGACACACUCCAGAACCUCCUCGACGCCGGAGACGGCCGAGACGUGGAUGCCGUCGACGAGGACGGCCGAACGGCGCUGCAUUUUGUCGCUGGUCUGGGAUCCGAACCCUGCGUAAGGCUUCUCGUCGGCGCCGGUGCCUACGUGAACCGCCGCGACGGGCGCGGCGGCCUCACGGCGCUUCACAUGGCGGCCGGAUACGUGAGACCGGACGCGGUUCGGGCGCUGCUCGAGUUGGGCGCGGACCCGGAGGCGGAGGACGACGGGGGACGGACGGCGAUGGGGCUGGCGAGGGAGGUGCUGAAGGCGACGCCGAAGGGAAAUCCGGUGCAGUUCGCGAGGAGGUUGGGGUUGGAGAAUGUGAUAAGGGUUUUGGAGGAGGCGGUGUUCGAGUACGCGGAGGUGCAGGAGAUCCUGGAGAGGAGAGGGAAGGGGGAUCAGACGGAGUACUUGAUCAAAUGGAUGGACGGUGAAGAUAACGAGUGGGUGAGGGUGGGGUCCAUCGCGGAGGAUCUGGUGAGGGACUACGAGGCUGGGGUGGAAUACGCGGUGGCGGAGUGGGUGGUGGACCGGAGGGACGUGGACGGCGGGAAGAGGGAGUAUCUGGUGAGAUGGACGGACAUGGAGGACGCCACGUGGGAGCCGGAGGAGAAUGUAGAUCCUGAUUUGAUCAAGGAGUUCGAGGCGGGCCGAGCGGGUGGAGCUGGAGAUGUGGAGGCCCGUGUGGAUUUGGGCCCAUGAAUUUGUUUGGGCCUAUCCUGUUGGGCUUUGUUGUUGUAGAAUUGUUUGAGAUGGCUGAGAAUUUGGGCAUUGAAUGUACAAAUCUUUUGAUUUUUUUUUAAAUUUUGAAUUUUGAUAGUUUUGGACUAAA